AGUUGACGCUGGCACGGACAAAAUAAGAACUAACAACUUGCGCAUGCGCAGUGGGAAGCUGUCACGCACGCACACAUUCAUGUUUUUUUUUUGUUUGUUUAUGUUUGGUAGCGGUAACGUAACCAUGAAAAUGUUUUUUCUUGUCAAAGCAUAAUGGAGUUUGGAUCAGCUUCGGAUGUAAUACUUAUUUGCUGCUAAUCUUAUGACGUGAUAUACAUGUGGGUUCUAACAUGUUACAUAAUUAAUUGCUGCCGCCUCCGUAUAUUAAAAUUAUUAAGACGCAUCGUGACAUUGUUUCAAGUUGCAAUAGAUUUGACAUAGGAUAUUGAUAUAUUCCUUUUGUAAAAACUUGUGGAUAUCACGAGAAUUUUGCUUAAAAUGUAAAUUACAUGCCAUAACAUAGUAAACGAAAUUAUUAUUAAAUAUUCUAGAAACUCUCAUACAAAAGUACAUACACAACUUUUUAUCCCAGAUUUACAACUUUAAUUUACUUACAAAUGCUAAUUUUAAGGGGAAAGGUUUGGGGAGAAAAUAACACCUCUGUUAAAAAGUUUCCCUAAUGAAUAUAAAAACAUGUUUACAAACAUCAAAAGGGUAUACCAUAUACUAAAAAAAUAUGUUCUCAUCUGGGAAUAUGAGUUAGCAUUCUAAUUGAAUUGGUAUGUACACUAUUUAAUUAAUUAGUAUUUUUAUGAGUUAUAUUAUCUUGUUUUAGCAGAAAAACCUAUAUGUGCUAUUAUUUUAAAUAUUAAUUAACAGAAGUUUUUAACAAAUUAGUGGAGCAAAAUAUUCUGCUUGUCAGGUUACACUACAGGAUGAUAAAAAAAGGAAAUUAGAUUAAUCAAAAAGUUUUAAUGCAAGUGUAGAGAAAGUUUAUUUGCAAUGUGACACAUCAACAAUGUAAGAAUUUCUGACAGCUAUAUUUGUGAAGCACCAUGGUCACCAAUGCAACUACAGUUCAGAAACGACUUUUAUCACUCUGAUAAGACAAAACACAAAUAUUUUUAGUCAGGCAGCAAGGCACUGAAAUAAAUAACAUCUUCAUAAGUCUCUGUAGUAUAUACACUCAUUUAACAAGUUCUAUUAAAACAUGAAAAUGCAAGCAAAAAAAACCAUAAGCUCUCACAAAUGAAUAAUAUGUUAAAUGAAAGAAUAGAUUUUACAAAAGUGGCUUAUAAAAGUUAACAUGUGAACAUAUAAACUUGACAAAUUUAAGCAACCGAUAUUACACAUAAUCAAUACAUGUGUAGGGAAACAUGUUGAAUAUACAAUCUCAGAAACAGGAUGGUAACAAUUAAGGAUAUGAUUCCAGAAUAGCAACCAAAUAACCAGCGUCAUCUUUACCCCUCUUCAUAACACAAACUACGUAACCACAAAAAAUUUUUUUUUUAUUUUAAGAAAUAUAUUAACACCAAUGUCAAGUUAUAAUAAAUGUUGAUCAAUGUCAUAACCUACAAAAACGUACAAAAAAUGACAAGUGACUUCAAUUAAACUUUAGUAACCAAUUGAGAUUUUUGAAAAAAUAAGUUUAGUUUCAAGUGACCUACUUGGAGGUAUGUUAUACGAAAAAAUAAGCAUAGAAAAAAACCAAUCUUCACAUAAUUGGGCCCCUACUUAGAACCUGUCAUAAUAAAUCCUCCAUGUUAGUGAGGGCUGGGUUGUACAUGAACUACAAUUUAAAUUUCAAAUAUAUUACAUUUGUUUCUGUGGUUGGCAGUGUCGAACUCGAACAGUUUCUUAAAUAUUAACAAAACAAAAGUUAUACUGGGAAUUUUUCUUUACCUACUUAACAUUAAAUUGAAUACGGACUAUUCCAUUGUUUCCGCAAAACACAAUCCAUUUUCCAUGCUAAAUAUUACAAUAAAUGUGUCAAAAUAUCAUGGGGCUGAACUAUAGUGGCAGGCUAAUAUAGACUAUGCACAUUUAUCUGUAAAAAGGUAUACCUUUUCCGAAAUUUUAAAUAACUCUCAAUUGUCCCGUUACAUACAAAUUUUGCACAAUUAUAAUCGAGUGUGAAAAUAACGGUAUAUGUUUUACCCAUAUGUAUCUCGCAAACCUAUCCUAAAUUUCUGCCCUGCACAUAGGCACAUGUGGAAAGUAUCAUUAAAAACAAAAGUCACCAAUAAAAAUCCACAUGUGACAAAAAGUUAUAUUCUCAAAGAUCUUGAUAAAUAUGUACAUUGAUUGUUUCGCAGAAGCUGCUAAAUUAAUGUCUACCAAAUUACUCCCGCAACAAUUGCCAAGAACUUGUACAUAAAAGUUAUCAUUUUUGUAGUUACUAUGAAAUUGGAAAUCUGUAAACAUUUUUAUAAAUGUUUGUGUUUUCAUAGUACUUUCCUCAAGAAUUAAAUUUUACAUAUGCAACAUAGGAUACAAUUUUUCCCAGCACUAAAUGUAAUUUCUUUUCAUAAAGGUCAAUGGAAUUUUUCAUUUCUUGUCCGUAGGUAUCGUCUAUCAACAAGAGCAAAGAAAUGAAUACGAAUGGAACUAUUGGAUCAUUCCCCUUGAGCUAGGGUCGCAGACCGUGGCUCGCAAGCCGCAUGCGGCUCUUUUCAUAGGAUAUUACGGCUUUACAAUUCACUGCUCUGCCAGAGCACAAAAACAUGCCUAACCAAACCAAACGGCACAAUCACAACGCAUGUCCUCAACCUGCAUGCCACUGCACUCGCCUCCCUCUCCAUGCAAAGUCUGGCUUUAGUUUCAUGUUUUAUCAGUAGGUAUAUUUCCAACUGUGUAAAUUAAAUAUUCCAAAUGAAAAAUAAUUGUAUGUUCGUAGAUGCACGUUAAUUCCAACUUACAAACACAAACAAACACACUACUAUGACUACAUGUGUCAAAUAUAUAAUUACAAUAUUACUUAUAACUUAAGUAAAACAUAGUUUUGAAUUUAAAAAUAAAAAUUAUUAAUAUUUCUGUUAAAAGCUACUUAUUUACGUUAAUAUGUAAAAAUGUAAUUGUCAAAAGUCUCCAGUAUGAUCUAAUAUGUUACAACUAGCGAUACUUUCCGCUGGCACGGGAAUAACAGAAACUACCAAAAAAAAGGCUACAUAACAUUGCAACCGAUUCCUAUACCAGUUUCCUCCCCAUGCAACGUAAUGUGCGCGAAGAAUAGGCGAAUAAGUGAAUGUCAUAUUUUGAAAUUUGUAGAGGUGUAAAAGUAACGAAAAAAUGUGUACCCGUAUGUAUUCGUUACUAUAACAAUUAGUACUCGUUACUUUCGUAUCGUUACUCGUUACAUCUGAUACCGCAUGACAUGGCACAUGCUAUGUUAUGUAACAGCAUCGAAUCGAGUCGUAUUUCGUACGCGUACAGUAUGACGUCGCGUAAAUAAAAAUAAAUCGAAUAUAAACAAUUAAAAAUAUUUGAUAAUUAACAGCUUUUGUUAACCAAGAAACAAUUAACUCUCAUUAGAGCGGCUUUAUUAUAAUAUAUCUUUUAAGAUAAGAACAUAAAACGUGAAAAUACGCGAUUAUAAAAAACAAAAACAUACAUAUUUAUAAUUUGUAAAAAAUACUUUCUUACGUUGUUUCUGUUCGAAUCUAAAACUUUGUCUACACACACAAUACCUUUAAUAAACAGUAAAAAACUUGGACGACGAAUUUCCAAAUCAUACUUUUAUUAAUAAACAAACAUCGUUCUUUGUAACGAAUAAGCGCGCGCAUGCGUGAAACAUACGAAAGAUGCGAGUAACGAAAUGCAUUCGUGUGAAACGUUUCGUUACUCGUUACUAGAUGCCGCACCCGUUACUCAGCAACGAAUACAUACGGUUUGCUACAGCUCUAGAAAUUUGUGUAGUCAUGUUGUGAACGUGAACCAGUUUGUAAACAAAGUACUGUAGAGAGAUUUCUUAUCGACUGGAAUCACCCUUAAUGUUUACACUAUAGAAAUGUCUCAGAUGAAGUUUGAAAAACCGACGCAAGGAUCACGAAGUUUGAAACGACGUGCUCUGAAAUGUUUCUGCCAAGUUCUUCAAGCCUUUGUAGUUUUUGCCCACAGUGUUUUUGAUUUUGUAGUUGACAAAGUUUUCUCUUGGUACUAUGAUGAUUCCAAGAGGAAGACAAUUUCCAAGGUGGCGUCUCCACUUCUCCUAGAGAGUGCUGUCCAGUUGGCUGAAAAAAUUAGGAGGAGAGAGGUGAGUGCAGUGGAUGUGGUCCAGGGCUUUAUCGAUCGCAUUCGAGAAGUGAAUCCAGUGAUUAAUGCAGUGGUGUGCGAUCGAUUCGAGGUGGCCCUCAGAGAGGCGCAAGACGUCGAAAAACUUGUUAACUCUGGCUCUUUGACUCCUGAGGAGCUGAAGAAAACUAAACCUUUCUUAGGAGUGCCAUUUACUACAAAAGAUAGCACAGCAGCUAAAGACAUGCUGCACACACUGGGGCUGGUGUCCCGCAAGUCUGCACUAGCAGCAGAAGAUGCAGAUGCUGUGAAGCAGAUGAAAGAGGCGGGAGCCAUCCUGAUUGGCACAACGAAUGUUCCUGAACUGAACAUGUGGUGCGAGACCCGCAACAAUGUGUUUGGCCAGACGCUGAACCCAUACGACACCAGGAGGACAGUCGGGGGCUCUUCAGGGGGAGAGGGAAGCAUCGUAGCCACUUGUGGUUCUCCCUUGGGCCUGGCAUCUGACAUUGGAGGGUCCAUAAGGAUACCAGCCUUCUGUUGCGGUGUAUUUGGACAUAAACCAACCACAGGUAUAACACCCUCAAAGGGUUUCACUCUCCGAACUGGGAAGGAAAAGAACUCGAUGAUGUGUGUAGGACCAAUGUGCCGUUUUUCCGAAGAACUGGCCCAGUUCCUCAAGAUCAUUGUCGGUCCAAAUGCCGACAAACUACAGCUUGAUAAGCAGGUGAGUGUGGAAGAUGUCCAGUUCUUCUACGUGGAGGCGUCGGGCGACCUGAGAGCCAGCCGUGUCGGCAGCGACGCGAGGGACACCAUGCUGCGUGCCGUGUCUCACUUCAGUAGACUCUCCAAGCAUCCCGUGCAGAAAAUAUCAUUUCCAGAGCUGAGAUACAGCUUUCGGUUGUGGAGGUAUUGGAUGAGCAAAGAACCGGCAGUGUUUGAAGAGGACCUGGCAAACAGAGAAGGUAAAGUCUGUGCCUGGCAAGAAAUUCUCAAGAAGCUGAUUGGCUGCAGCAACUUCACUCUGGCAGCCCUGAUACGUCUGGUAGAUACGAAGAUGCCAUCCGAAAACCCUCAGUGGGCAGAGGAGACCACGAAAUCUCUGUUUGAAAAAAUUCAGGCGAAACUGGGCAAUAAUGGCGUGUUACUGUAUCCCAGCAGCCCGUUCCCAGCGCCGUACCACUUCUCGUCUUUUCUGCGGCCGUACAACUUCGGCUAUUGGGCUGUGUUCAACGUUCUGAACCUUCCGGUCACUCAGGUUCCCAUGGGUUUGAAUGCAGAUGGACUGCCUUUGGGAUUGCAGGUUGUGGCUGGAAUGCACCAGGAUCAUCUGUGCUUUGCAGUAGCUAAGGAGCUCGAGAAAUCAUUCGGGGGUUGGGUGCCUCCAUUUAAAUGUUAAGAAAGGUAUAAAUGUAAAACAUUAUCUGUUCUCAAUAGUCAUCAUCAUCUCUGAUUAACUCAUUUUUUGAAGAUAUGAAGAUAAAGAAAGUGAAACAUUAUUGUUAAAAGUAGUAAUAAAAUUUCAUUUAAAUUUGUUUAUAAAAUAAUUAUUUGCGUGUUACUAAAUGUGUGAAAUUUAAAAACUAAGCUUAAAAAAUAUGUUUUAUUGCCACCUAAAAGGUAAGGAAAUAAUUCCCACCUGUAAUCUUGAUACAAAUAUUAUGUUUUUUUUUUUUUAUUGUUAAAUUUUACAGAUAAAUAUUUGUGUUGUAAUAACAGUAUUAUGUAACUUGGAAAUGUUCAUAUAUAUUGGCAGGAAUACAAAUGUGGUUGUAAAUGUUGGCCAGCAGAAAAGAAGAAAGUAAUUUUUAAUGUUCCUUGUCUAGCGAUGAAGUAUAGUGUUACAUUAUUGUGUGCAAAUAUACUAAGUAGGGUCAGUUGCAGAUAGGGAUGGGUAAAUGUCCAAAAUUUUAUCUAUCUGAAAUUUUCCUGGAAAUUUUCAUGGAAACUUUCCAAAAACCGAAAAACAUAGGAAAUUUUAGGAAAAUUUGAUGUUGGUUUAUAAAUAACCAUUUCAGAGAAUUAGACAUGUGACUGUCUCUACUGUAUGAAAUUUUAAUAUUGUAAAAUACAAUAUUCAUAGUUGCAGUAUUAAGAGGACAUUAAAAUAUCUUUCGUUAGCGAUGUAGAAUUUACUGUGGGUGCUGUUCUAAAUUAAUUUCAACAUUUAGGUGGAAUUAUUCUUUUUAAAAAUACAGUUCACAAAUUCAUUGCAAGUAGGCCUAAUCAGUUUUUAAAUCUGAAAAUUAUUUAAUCAGCUGCUUUCAACAUUACAAACAGCUAAUGUAGUGGAAGAAAAAUUAAGGUAAAGAAUACUUAACUGCAGAUUUAAAAGAAAUGAUUCCUUCUGAAAAAACAAUUACCUGGUCAAUAACAGUUAAAAUAUUUGACUACAUAGAUUUGAAAAUAUUAACACUAUAUUAUUACAAUUUAUCAACUGAUUGGAAAUAAAGACAAAUAAGCUGUAACAAAUAGAACACUAAAAAAAAUAUUGAUCAACAAUUAGUUGCAUUCAUAAUAAGAAAUCAUACAUAUGUUACAGUUUUAACUGAAUUGGAAACAAACAUGUCCUUAUUUAAGUCAUAUUGGGUCUUAGAAACCAAUGAAAUCAUCAUUGUCCUCAUAACUGAAAUCACUGUUUUCUUCCUCUUCUGUUUCAUUGUUAGAACAAGAUGCACUGUCUUCUUUUAAAACACACUGUGGUAGUUUUUUCUUCUGCUAUACUUUCUCACAUUUGUCUUCCACAAUGACAGUAAUAGAAUCUUUCCUUUCCAAUUUUUCAAUGUCCUCCAGGAUGUGGUGACACAAUUUCCAGUUGUGGGCAAUGAAUGAUAUUUUACCUGCUCUUUCAGUGGUCAAGCGGUUUCUUAGUUUUGUAUGUAUACUACAAUGUGUACUGAAAGACCUCUCUGUAGCAGCAGAGGUUACUGGCAUACCUAAGAUUCUGUUUGCUACUUUUGACAGCUGUGUAUGACCACACAGACCUUUCCACCAAGUACAGGGUUCAAUUUUACCUUUUUCAAGCGCCAUCCAAAGAAAUUCUUUGGCCCACAUACCUUCUCUACUUCGGUACUGAGCUAACUCUGUUAACACUUUUGGUGCUAUCUGUUUAAAUACUUGCCCUUUCACCAAUGCUGGCCAUUUUAAGCGGUUUUUAACAACACGAAAAAAAUAUUUAACACUAAUGUAAAAUAAAAAUACCAACUUUGUAAUAUAUUUUAACACUUAAGUUUUAUUUUAAUGUACAAUUUAUAUAUAUAUAUUAGACAUAUUUUAACAUUUUAAAACCUUAGCUCAAAAUAUUAUGUUUUUUAUGAAAAUAAAAAUUUGAAAAUUACACUUUGAUUUCAAAUACAUAAUUUAAUUUGAACAAAAGCAAAAAAUAUUUCAAACAAUUCAUAUAAAUGUUAAUUAAACAUACUCAGAAUUAAGUUUGAAUGAUUAUAGAUUUAUUUUUUAUUUUUUGAAACCCAAAAAUCAUGUAAGUAAAAGUUAAGUUUUUUUGAAAAAUUCUUACUGCAUAAUUUAUAGUGAUUUUAUUGAUGAAUUUGAUCUCCAAACUAGUAAUUUUACUAUACACAAGUGAAUAAAUUAAAAAAAAACAUACAAUUAUGUUAGGUAGUUUUUCUUUGAAUGGAAAACCUCGAAACAUGGUGUUACACAAAAAGCAAAAUUGCAGACACUGCACUGGUAUGAGGUAUCCUUCCUUCUUGCUUUUCCAGUAUCUUUCAUGCCUUUUUCUGCACAAACUUUACAUCUUCUUUGGGCUUUCUUUUUCCCUGGAGCAAUGGGAAUCCUUUCUAGAAAGUGUUUUCCUGAAAGACGGGAAAGCUGAGUCCCACUUGCUCCAGGAUUAGAUGGUUCUUCCACUGCAACUGCUAAGUCACUGCAGACUUUCUUCAAAAACUCAGUCAGUGAGACAGGAGAAUGGUCACUUGCUACUUGAUUGUACAAGAUGCACGCAUUUGAUACACACAUCAGUAUCAUAUGGAAAGCCAGCUUGCGCCACCAUUUUACUGUUCUGUGCUCAAACACACCGUAUGACAUUCUCUGGUCUGACAAGUCUACACCACAUUUUUUUUUGUUGUAGUUUACUACAGCUGCUGGCUUGGUAACUUCAUGACCUCGUUUGUUUGUAAAUGUCACCAUUUCUGCUGUAUGUCGAGUACUGAUCAUGUACACCUCACGUUUAUCCUUCCAACAUAAAGCUAAAAUAUUGCCCUUACGGCGGUAAAUUUGCUCUCCACGUUGAAGUUUUGGGUUGCGAAGAACUUUUGGCAUUCCUCUUCUGUUUUUUUGCACCGUCCCAACUAAAGCUGUUUGAAUAUUCUCCAAUUCUGUGGCGAGAGUUGGGCUAGUGUAAUAUCUGUCAGUAAACAGUGUAUGUCCUUUCCCAGCUAAGCUAUCAAGUAAUCGCAGCACAACAUUUGUGACAAUAUUCUCUUGUCCACAAAACACAUCAAAAUUCCAGAUAUAACCUGAAUCAGAUUCAGACAACAUGUAUAUUUUUAUGCCAUAACGGUUCGGUUUCUGGGGCAUAUACUGUUUGAAACUUAGCCUUCCCCCAAAAGCACACAUGCCUUCAUCAAUAGUCACAUCUUCUGCUGGCUGAUAUCCGUCUCUGAAUUUAUGGCGAAAGGUUUCAAACAUUGGCCUGACUUUGAAGAGUGGAUCAAAACCUGCUUCUCCUUUUUUCUUCGCAUUUCUGUUGUCAUUCAGGUGGAAAUGUGACAAAAUGGAAAUAAAUCGGUCCCUGCUAAACAAGUUUGGGCAAAAAUUGCAUGAUAUAACAGGAUCUGUGCUCCAGUGAUCUGUAAUUGAUGGUCGUUCACUGAUGCUCAUGUGAAGAAUCACUGCAAGAAAUUUCCGCACAUCAUUUUGUGUUACAGUUGUCCAAUUUCGCAAUCUACUAUGUGGAGAGAUUUGAUUCAAUGCCCUCUUCUUUUGUAUCACCUGCCGAGCAUACAAAUUAGUUUGUUCUUUCAUGUGAUUUAUGAAAUCUUUGUCAAUAAAAUAAUAAAAGAAAUCGGGCAACGAACUAUUGGCAUCCAGUUCUGGUUCUUCAGUCAUACCAGAAUGUCCAGUAAAAACAUUUAUAUUCGGUAUCUGAUCUCGAUCACUCCAUCCAUCUUCAGUAUUUUCACUUCUCAUAUGUUGCUGUCCAGUUUCUCUGGAUCGACCCCUUCCUCGUUUCUUCCGAACAUCAUUGCAGGAAGCUGAAGAAGCUUGAUUUACUUCUGCAACACUACUUUCAACAGAAGAAUCUGAGAGAAAAAAAUAUAAAAUACUACAAAUAUAUAAAUAAAAUAAUAAAAUGUAACUUUUAUAUUUACUCAUUACUUAUAUUGUUGUGGUUUAUAUAACAUAAAUAAAUAAACAGAAAUAUUUUCUAGUCUAAAAUAAAAUUGCCACAUUUAUUACUUACCAGAAUCACAAGACGAUUCACUGGCUUGAUAAUAAUCAGGAUCAUCUUCACUGUUCUCCACAUUAUCAUCACUAUCACUUUCACUCCAUUCAAAAACGGUAUCUUGCUGCAUUCCGCCACGAGAACGAGCGGAACUGCAGUGUGAACGAACCAAAAUUACCGCGCAAACGAAGGAAACAGCCGUGCGAACGUCAGAAUAAAAAGCAUUAUAUUUACCAUUUGCCUGCCUGUCAAUCCUACACAGUGCUACUAUCUAGUGGCUAAAAUAUGUACUGCUAGGGAUUCAAUAACUAGCUCACACUAGGGAGUGAAAGACUAACCAAAUAUGAAGAACAGUAGUGCCAUCUAGACAUUGAAGUGGAACUGAGGAAACCAACUUACAUUUACCGAUAGAAUAAAACUACGAGGCGCACAUUCAGAUACUAAAUAGCAAAAAACUAUAAUAUUUAUUAAUAAACAUUCAUUGGUAAAAAUAUCAACAGUAUACAAAGGCAUUUAGAAAAGUUUCCGAAGAAUGCGGACGUCGUAAUAUUACGUCGGCAGCACCCAAAGUGUUAAAACUAUACCUUAUUCAAUGUGUUCCAUAUCGGAUGAAACUUUGCAUAUAUACUCAACAGCACUCAACUGUUACAGCUAAAAAAAAUUCAAUGUUUCCCAAUGUUUCCACUUUUUUUCAAAGUUUCCAUGAGGUCUGUAAAUUUUCCAUUUUUGAAAGUUUUCGGCAGGAAAUUUCCGACUGGAAACUUUCCACUACCCAUCACUAGUUGCAGAGACAUAAAAUAUUUCAGUUGCAAUAUUCUAGGACAGAUUUAUUACCAUUCUGCAUGGGCCCUUUUUAAUUAUGGAAUGAGAUUUGUAAACUAAUUUCUGGUUUCAUUGUGGAUGUGAAGGUUCUCAAAAUUUCAGUCACUGUGACUUUCUCAAAACAGUAACUCAAAUGCUAACCGUCUCAUAUCUGGCACAGAUAGCAAACUUAUUAAAUUGGUUUGAUACAUUUCGUACACAAAUAUGUAAGAAAAAACUUAUUACAGAGAAAAAUAUCUAAAAAAAAUUUUUGUAUCAGAAGAUUAGCAAAAUACUAACAAAACUAUUAUGCAUGCUAUGUUACGUCUUAGAUGCACCAUCUGUUUCAGAAGAAUGAAUUACGUAUGACCAUGCUAUUCCAAACCCUCAUAAUUUUAGGUAGGUACCUACCACCUACAUCAUCAGCUAUCAAAUAUGGUUAAUAAUACAUUUGAUAUGCAGACACAAUUCAGUAUGCGGACAAACACUGUAAUAAAUAUUUUGUGUAGUUUACAAUUUUAAAGGCAAACAAUUGAACAAAAAUUAGGCAUGGGUAGGGCCUGGAAAAUUUCAGUGUUUUCAGUAUGCAAAAAGUGGUACUUUCAAAUUAGAAAAGCGGUGGUUUAAAGUCGGUAUUUUCGUUAUGCAAUGGAAAUUUUACCAGUAUUUUAAAUGUUGACUAAAUUGUGCAGUUAUUGAAUUAAAUACCUAGUUUACAUAUUUAAUAAACAAUCCAUGUAUACUAGGAAUAGACUAAUAUGCAUAAUAAAAGCCAAUUAAAUCCAAAACAGUUACACAAAACAGACACGCUGCUAUAGAUGUUUGCAACUACAAAUUUUCUUUUUUUUUUCUGCUGCCGAUGCCACAUGCUUAGCCGAAUUUAGGUGUUUGUCAAUGGAAUUUUUUGGGUUAAAUGAUACUUUAACCUUACGUGAGUAUAAGUGAUCAGCAAAUACGUAGAAUCCCGCUGAUGCGACCCCUCACGGUUCCCGGAAAAACGGACUUAUAAACAGAAUGGUCGCAAUAGCCGCCGUGUGUUCAAAGCGGACGGUCGUGUGUGUGCGAUCGCGCUCCGUGUAUAUCUGUUGUUUUGUGAUAAAAUCAGUAUUAAUAAUUCGCUACUUAAUCAGUCUGACUUCUUGGGGUUCCCCUCAACCCUAAAUGAUCCGUGUACUUCUAAUCACGAUCUAACUCAUCCGAGUAUGUUUCGAUCACCCACGAAAAAAACUCCUACUAAUGCGACGGGCCAAGUUGCGGUUUACAUAUUACUAACACAGCACUUCAAAUAAAUACAAAAUUAUUUAAGAGUUAAGACGACAUUAUAGGUAAUCAUACAAAAUGUAAACACAAGUUAUUCAGAAUUAAGCAAUGUUACAAAUUAUACAAGACGUCGACGCUAGUGAUUAUUUACAACAGAAACAUAAUGACACAAUAAUUAUAAGAAAUUAUACAUUAUUUUCAAAACACAUGGUCGUCUGUGGACGUUCCAGGGCGCACGCGGGUGCGUCCCUGAUCGUAGACACUGCACUUCACUUAGGUUGCACUAAUGGGGGGAAAAUACUUCCCUUAGGCCCACGUUGGUGGACAGGUACGGCCUCUACGUCUAGGAGGGCACGACGUCUGUCGUCAUAUGCCUCCCCCUCUCCCGAGGCCGUCCUGGCCACCGACGUUGGCCUAGACCGGUAGCCGCGGUCACGUCCAGCUACGUGUCUGGUCGCCGCAGUCAUUCAUUAUAGGUCGGGCGAACCGGGGCAGGAGCUGCAUAAUGCUGCAGCGCAGACCCCCGGCGUCCGUCUGUCGUACGUCCCGGGGCUUGUACUGUCCCCCCCACUAGUAGUCCCUGAGGUAGCGAGGGGCAGUCGUCUCACGCGUGGACCGGCGCACCCCCGGCCCGUUCCCCACGUGAGUGGUUGUCAUCGGCUUCUCGGAAGGUAAGUCCAGGACCACCUGCUGGGCCCUGUCGACGUCACUCUCCCCGCUGAGGAGCCGGACCGUCACCCCGUCAGUCGUGUCUCCGUCAACGUCCGUACUUUUCACCCGCCGUUCCCAGGGGUGGACGUGUCUCUGUUUACGUCCCUGGUCAGGCUCCGGUAGAGUCACCACGGGGUCACUGAGGUUGACCAGAUCACCCAGGAUGGUGUCGUCAUUGGUCACGUCCUCAAUGAAUGGCCCGCCGUCGACGUUGUCGUCGUCGUCGUCGGCCAGAAGUACCCGGUCCACAAAGCGCUCCAGCUCAAUCAUGCUUGCGCCUCGUGGGCCCCUUCCGUCCGUCCUGUCGGGUGUCCUUGCCCCGCCCCCAGUCGCCAGUUGGGAGCAGUCGCCCCCCUCCUGACUUCCCCAUAAGGGAGACGGAGUCGGCCCCCUCGUGGUGUCAUGUCCGUGCAUCCCGUCUCGUGGGUCGAUGUUUCCGUCGCCGCUCGUCCCGUCCGCCAAUCUGAUAAUGUCCCUGUGCACCUUUGUCGUGCGUCCGUCAGCGCGACGGACGAGGUACGUCGUGGUCCCCUGUCUGUCAAUCACCUCCUGCAGGCCUGUCCACUUGGGGGCCAGGCAGGAACAGAAGCCCCUUUCGCCAGACGACAAUUGGUGACACCUGACAAAAACCUGCUGGCCAGGUUUCUAGUUGCCCUGGGGGCUGGUGUGUCUGAGGCGUACGUCAGGCCAGGUAACGUUUCUGGCGUCGUCGGGCGUCUUCCCAUAGAUUGUCUGCGGUCAUUUCGUGUGAGUCGGCGAGAUUCCGGCCCUGUUCCAGUUCGGCGGGGGAGUGGCCCGUGACAACAUUUGUCCGACGGCGCAGGCAAUACAACAGCGUCGGCAGGUGCAGGUCCCACUUGGCGUGGUCCUCGUCCAACGGGAUGCGCAGCUGAGUCUUAAUGUCCUGAUUCCGCCUUUCGGUCGGAUUCGCGCGUGGAUGGUAGGUGAGCGUCGUGUGGUGCUCCACCCCCCAACCCGCGCAGGACAUUCGCCAGUGUCUCCCCGUGAACUGCACCCCGUUGUCCGUCAGGAGGACCGCGGGGUACCCAUAUCGCGGGCAGAACUCAUGCUCAAGCAGAGCAAUCACUGUGCUGGCCUUCACGUUUGGCACUGCGAACGCCUCCGCCCAGCGGGUGAAGACGUCCGUGACCACCACGAUGAAGCGCCGGCCGCGGGAGUUGCGAGGAUAUGGCCUCAUGAUAUCCACCGCCACAGUGUGGAAGGGAUCCCGGGGCCGUCACGGGACCUGUUGCUCCUUACCGUCGGGUCGUCUGGACUUCCGCUCCUGGCAACGCUAGCAGGCCCGCACGUAGCAUCGUACCUCUGCCGCGUCACCAGGCCAGUGGAACGUCCAUCUGACCUCACGCAGCGUCUGCUCCGCACCUGGGUGUCCCGCCAGGGGGUGGUCAUGCAGGUAGCCCAUGACCCAGCGCCUAGCCUCGGGCGGCACGUGGGUCUGCCACCUGCUCGUCCUUUGAGCCUCCCUGGUCUGGAGCACCCCGUUCAGACUCCAGCAGCCCGGUACCACCCCUCCCCUGCACUCCGUCAGUCGAGUCUGGGUAUCAGGGUCCUGGAGCUGCGCAGCGUGGACCCACGAAAGCAGUUCGGUCAUAGUUUCUGGUCGCGCGUCGGGCGCAGGGGCAGUGGAGCUGGACAGCACAUACAACGCUCACGGCCACGGCACCGAGUCCUCGACCCCGUGUUCACGCUCAGGGAGGAGCACCUCCUCCCAGCCCUGGUCGUCACAGAACUCGCUCCCAGGAUCAGGAUUUUGGGACAGCUCGUCGGCCAGCUGAUUCUCUCGUCCAGGAACGUGUUCAACCGUCAACGAGAAUUCCUGAAUCAGCAUGGCCCACCCAGUGAACUUAGAUUUCCGGCCCUGAGCGGAGUCUCGCCAGCGGAGGCAACUGGCUGUCGGUUCUCAGCGUGAAUGAGCGCCCCUUGACGUGGUGACGGUAGCGCUGCAGGGCCCAGACCACUGCAAGACACUCCUGCUCAUUCAAGUGAUACCUCCGUUCAGCCUGUCCAAACUUUGCGCUGGCGUACUCGAUCACACGCCUCACUCCGUUGUCAUCCACUUGGUACAGCACCGCACCCAUCCCCUCCUGACUCGCAUCUGUCUGGAUGAACAUGGGGCGGCUGGGAACCAGACGUGAGAGCGUGUGACAGUUCCUGAACCGGUACUUAACCUGCCGCAAGGCCUCGUCCGCGGCAGGGGUCCACCGGAACUUAGUCUUUGCCGACAGUAGGUCUGUCAUUGGGGCCGUGAUCGUGGCGAAGUCGGGGACAAAGGACCGCAGCCAGUUGAGCAGCCCCAGCAGCUUCUGGAGCUGCUUCCUGGUCCUCGGUGCCCCCUUCCCCUCGAUCAGCUCCAACUGCUCGGGUCGGGGGUCGGGGACGGCACCCCUCCGCCGUCACUAUGUGCCCCAGGAAUUCGAUCUCAGUCGCCCCAAUGUGACAUUUCCUUGGGGUACAAGUCAGUCCGUGUCUGGCCAUACGUUCCAGCACCAGUGCCAAGUGGUGCGCAUGUUUCUCCCACGUCCUGGACCAAAUUAUGACGUCGUCCAGAUAGGCACUGGCGAAUUCACCAAUGUACCCGUCCAGAACACUUACCAUCAGGGCCUGGAACAUGGCAGGGGCGUCCAUGAGACCAAAAGGCAUGGCGCAGAACUGACAUCGCCGGCCGUCUGGUGCUGUAAACGCCAUUUUCGGGUGGUCUUCAGGGCAUACUGGCACCUGCCAGUAGCCUGACUUCAAGUCAAGAGUCGUGAAAAUGUUUGCGUCCCCUAGUCCGGCUAGUGCGUCCGUGAUGUUGAUUUUUGGGGGUGGGGUGGGAAUCAUCAGUUUGUUCACUGCUUUGAAGUUCACGCAAAAGCGUAAACUUCCGUCCUUCUUGGUGGCCAGCACCACCCUCGAGUUGUAGGGGGAAGGUGCUGGGCUCUACCACCCCGUCACGUAGCAUUUCUCCAAUCUGUGUCUGAAUGACCUCACGCUCUCGGAGCCCGAACCCGUAUACCUUCUCGAAGGGAGGGCGGUGCAGUACCAUAGGUAUCCGGUGUUCUGUCACAGUCGUACGUCUUAGCCGGUCCGCGGCCGCAAAUACCUGUGAUUGGGAGGCGAGGACACUGUUGAUGGCGUCGACGUGCUCUGCUGGGACUCUGUGCUGAAGGUCCUCCAGGCGGAUGACUGACCGAGGAGGACUGGGAGGAGCCUGGUGCACGCCGUCCCCUGGUGCCGAAGUGCAUCCGCCCAGCUUGUACCUCCACAGUUGCGUCGACCUCGUACAGCCAUGGUACUCCCAGGAUCAGCCCCUCGCGGAGCUCGGGGACCACCCAGGCCUCGAUGUGGCUAACGUGACCAACGAUGCUUAAUGUUAACUGAGUGGUGCCCCCUGCUGCGGACAUGGCGUCUCUGGUGGCCAGCUGCACCAGCUCCUUCCUCGGGGUCACCGCCUCCGCCGUCACCAGGUGGGCUGCGAUGUCCACCAGGGCCAGCAUCUCCCGUCCGUUAGCGCGGACGUGCACCCGCAGCAGCUCCUGCUCCUCGGGGCUGACCCGCCCUAGCUGGGCAGUUGUCUGUUCCCCACCGCCCCCGGCCUCCGGGCCGUCCGGGCAUGGGGAACUCGCGGAGAUGUCGCCGGCCCGCCCUGGAGCCGACGCGCCGAUGCUCUGGUCGCCCACCUCUGUCGAGGCCUCCGUAGUCGUGGUGACACUCUGUUGUUUCUGUGGUCGCUCCGGCACGGAAACAGCUGGCUGGUAGCGUAUUCGUUCCCCGCCAUCCCCCGACGGCGAAUGUGAUGUCUGUGUUCUCGGUGCGGGCGGUGAUUGACGAGACCUCCUGGUUACUGGGUCUGCCGGUGGUUGGCGGAUCGGGGAGCGGCUCCCAGUUGUCCCUCCGCCCCCGUCCCCGCGUUUCCCGUCUGCAAUGUGCCGCCUUCACGCGCUUCUUCCCACGCAGCUCUGGUGGGGCUCAGGCGAUGCCAGUGGUAUGCCUCCGGGCAAAACCGGCACCGCGGCGGGCGCUCGUCCUUGACUCCUUCCUGCGUCCCUGUCGGCCUGGUUUCCGUUCUUCCGUGACGUCCCCCUUCUGCUGCAAACCGCACUGGACCUCCCCUGACGCCGCCUCGAUCAAUCGCCUUCCGAGGUCCCGCGCCGUCAGUGAACCUUACCACUGCCAUGUCAUUGUCCGUGACUUCCAUGAGAGUCACCCCCCUUGACCCUGAGCGGACCUGGGAAGCCCGCGCGUCCCUGGGUUCCGUUCUCCACUGCAACAGGUUGUGCUCAAUUAUGCGAGCGAGGGCCACGAACUCCUCCGUCCCUCGUCCGGCGGCUGUCCUGAUGAAGGGGCGAAACUCCGAUAACAGCUGUUCGACGAUGGUCGGUAACGCCGCACUUAUGUCCCCACCUGCUCCCAUCCGUCUGAACAGGCGCAGCUUUUCGUAGAUAAACUGUUCCGCGCUCUUGUCCUCGUCCUGAGUCCGGCAAUAGAAAGUCCUCAGACACAUCGUACGUGCCUGAUCGUUGUCGAAUCUAGCCUCGACUUGACGUACAAAGUUUCCCCAAUCAGUGUCGAAACUCCCGGCUGUUGACCACCAGUUCCCCGCAUCCCCGCGGAGCUGCCCGGUCACUCGCGACGCCCACUCUGCCCGUCGCACUUCGUACAACUUCAGAAGGUGCUCGCACUCCCGCAGAAACUCCCGCAGGUCCUCAUUGUCACUCCCCGCGAACACUGGCAAUACGAACGGCGAAUUCACUUAUUGCACGACCGACCCCUCAAAGUCUGCGGGCCCGUCACUCUGUUCCCGCUUUCCGCUGUUGUCUGUGCUGUCCAUGUCGUCUGCGCUCCCUGCUGCGCCACUCAUUCCACACACUACGUUUUUAACGUCACUUUUCCCAGAGUUUUCCCCUUCGCCCAUCUCUGUCUCGAAGCUGAUCAGAUUGUCUGUAUCCUGUUCUCUCUUUUUCCCCGCCAUCCUUCACGCCGGCACUACUAAUCCGGGAUGUAAUCUAUCUGCCCCAGUAAUACAGUCCACGUCUUUCUGUCGCGUUAUCUUGCGCCGGUGAUCCCGCUGCGUCGCCGUCUUGCGUUAAAGUCGCUCCCACGUCACGUUAUCUCUCGCCGCGCUGCGGCACCUGCUUCCGUCCGCGCCUUUCGCGCGAGACUCGGCCCGUCCUGUUUACGUACGUUUACGUGCGUUUAUCUUCUGGCCACACUAGUUGGGCGCCACAUGACGUCCCUCGCCCUGCGGUCCCUAAGUCCAUGUUGCGAGUGGUCCUGAAACUCGCCCUGAUUUGUCUGCGUAGCUCCAGUCGGAGAGAUGGUGGAGUUCAGGCCAACGUGGCCGGGACCGGGAAACGUGGGACCGGUAGGGAAACUUGUAGAGGUUAGAGGUUGAGAUGCGUGUUGAAAGGAGAAGACGUUGCUGUCCGUUUUCACGAGCUAAUUUAUUCCGUAGGAGCCCUAUCGCAGCCUGGCCGACACGUUGCAGGACGAACGUUCUCCCUCGCCGCGACCCGGACUCCUGGAAAUACACCGGUUGCAACUUAUACGCGACUUGAUAUGACUGAGGAGGCAGUCCCUUGACGAAACGUGCUGGUUACUAGAGUUCAGACAUACAAAGUAACUCAUACGCGGUCCGAUACGACUACGGAGACAGUCCCGUGACGAACUUGCUAAUUGCGAGGAUUCAACAGUACAAAAUAACUCGUACGCGGCCGAACACGACUGCGGAGACAGUCCCAUGACGAACUUGCUGAUUGCGAGAAUUUAUACCGUACUGAGCGCGCCUCGAGCGGAGCGAGCGGGAGCACGUCUGCUCGGCUCGGAGUCUGGCUGGCCACUGCCUCCCCCGCCCGGCCGUGCGCCGGUACGCGCGGGCCGCGGAGGAGGGGAAGGGGAAAUAGGCUGGCAUGGGAGAGACGCGGCUCACGGCGGGCCAAGUUGGGGUUUAAAUAUUACUAACACAGCACUUGAAAAUAAAUACAAAAUUAUUUAAGAGUUUAGACGACAUUAUAGGUAAUCAUACAAAAUGUAAACACAAGUUAUUCAGAAUUAAGCAAUGUUACAAAUUAUACAAAACGUCGACGCUAGUGAUUAUUUACAACAGAAACAUAAUGACACAAUAAUUAUAAGAAAGUAUAGAUUAUUUACAAAACACAUGGUCGUCUGCGGACGUGCCAGGGCGCACGCGGGUGCGUCCCUGAUCGUAGACACUGCACUUCACUUAGGUUGCACUAAUGGGGAAAAUACCUCCCUUAAGCCCACGUUGGUGGACAGGUACGGCCUCUACGUCUAGGAGGGCACGACGACUGACGUCAACCUUUUGUUUAGCCUUAAAUUCAAGGUUUCCUUAUGUCUUAGGUUUAAUAACGCCUUAUCCUUGAACUCACCUUUAGGGUCACCUUGGUUUGAGGUAGCCAUCCUAUAUUUGAGCUUGCUUGCAAAAAUGUGUCAGUAAAGUGUUGUUUAUUCUGUGGCUUACAAAAUUGUUAAAUCAUUUGUCAACCAAUGUUGUGAAAGUAAUUGACAAGAUGUAUAAUGGUUCAAAAAGAAAAUUAUAUUAAGCACUAUUUUUCUAUUUUUAUUGGAUAAUUGUUUCAUUUGUUUCAAAACUGUUUUUCCAGAUAAAGCUGUUUGGAUGGUGAUUUGAGUUGGAAAAUUAUUUCCAGCAUAAAACUUAUGUUAAUAUGAAAAUAUGACAUAAUUUAAUUUACAUGUUAAUUCAAACAUGGUUCUUUUUUCCUUCAAUUUUAUGUAUUGUCAUCUCCAGUUAUUAUUUUUAGGAAGGAAAUUCUACAGUGAGUACUAAUGCCACCUAACUGUUGUUUUGGAACUAAUGAAACAUGGCCAUUUUAACUUAAAAUUAUUUUUUUGCAAUACCCUUUUUAUAAUCACACAGGCAAUUGUUAAAAAUGUUAUAUUUAAGAAUUGAGAUCUCAAUUGAAGUGCAGUAUUAUUUUCUAUUGUAACGUGCUGUUUCAUGUUUUGAAUUACAUUGAUUUUACUGGACUUAAUAACUGGUGCAGAGUUAAUUUUUUUUAUCAUGGAAACUUUAAUAAUUGGUUGUUUUUUGUUUUUAUUCAUCAUUUUCCUGAUCCUGUAUUCAACAGAGGAUUGUUAAAAAUAUGUGCAAUUUUGCAUGUAAAGUUUGUGUAAAUACACUUAGUCAUGUAUUUUUUUUAUUUAUAUAUUUAUUAUAUUAGAGUGUGUUAUUUUGAAAAUUGCUUUUUUCUGAUUUAAAAAAAUAUAAGGUUUCCGAUAAUGAUGACAAUUUGUAAAUAAUAUUUUUUAAACUAUGUUAAAAUUUGUGUCAUUUCUUUUUGACUGACUAAAAAGUUUUUUCUAAAGGUUGUUUUAUAAGCUUUAACUACCGUUAUGAUAAUGAAAAAACAGAUUUUGCUAAUUAAGUUUUACUCUCUUAUUUGUUAUAUUAUUAUGUUACUAUAUUUGUGGAUAUGGUUUUUUUUGAUUAUAUAUUGUUGUUUUAUUAUUUAGAGUUUAACAAAGCUAUAUUUGUAUUUUGUACGAAAUAAGGAUUAGUGGAAAAGGUUGUCUAAUCUUCAAUAAAUGUUUUACUGUUCUA